UGUUUUUGGGUAUUUUGUAACUAUUCCUUAAAUUUACCCAGUUUUCCAAGAUUUGAUUUUUACCUAUUGAUUUUAUAUCCUUUAUUAGAUUUAAGUAAAAAAGAUUUGAUUUUUUUCUUCUUCUUUUUUUAAUUUUGUUUGGAAUUUAAUUUGGUGAAAUUUGAGGUCUGAAUAAUUUGUUCUUUGAUUCUGUGAGUACAAGAAUUUGCUUACGUGAAUCAUUGAUUACAGAGAGGGUUUAAUUUGGUUUGGUUAAUUUAGGGUUGAAUUGGAUUAAAUCAGUGAUUAGAGUUUCAGUUAGCUGAUUUUUUUUUUAUGAUCUUGGAGUUGAAAAUUGUUAUCUGUAUCAUCAAUACAAAUUUCUGAAUUCCAUAAACUGUGGAUUUGUCAUCUUCAGAGCGAGGUUACACCAUCCUUCAGGCAUAAAAUUAGGUUCUGUGCAUUGGCGUGCAAUCUGAAAAAGGAGCAUGAAGGGACAUCCUUCUAGACAGGCUCCAAAAGGUGAAAAUAACAUUGAAUGUUCAGGAAGCUCUCGUAGGCGGAAGGAAUCAGCAAUAUGGAGUCCUGGUGAAGCACGUAGGCCCAUCUUAGAGGAAGCUCCCGUGUACUAUCCAAAUGAUGAGGAGUUCAAAGAUCCACUUGGUUAUAUUGCAAGCAUUCGCCACAACGCACAGAAAUAUGGUAUAUGCAAGAUUAUACCACCUGCUUCUUGGAGUCCACCCUGUCCACUUAGAGAGAAGAAUGUGUGGGAAUGUGCUAAGUUCUCGACUCGAAUCCAGCAAGUUGAUUUACUUCAGAAUAGGGAGCCCAUGAAAAAGAAAAAAACCAGGAAGAGGAAAAGACGAUUGCACUCAAAGACAGGAUCAACAAGGAGACAACCUAGAUCUCUAGGUUCUGAAUCAAAUACUCAUUCAGACAGUAGUGAUGACAAGUUUGGGUUUCAGUCAGGAUCUGACUUCACAUUUGAGGAAUUUCAGACAUUUUCCAAAGAUUUUAAAGAGUUAUAUUUUAGGAUGAAGGAUACUGAGGUUUGGAAACCCUCCAUUGAAGAAAUUGAAGGUGAGUAUUGGCGCAUCGUUGAGAAUCCAACAGAUGAAGUUGAGGUGUUAUAUGGAGCUGAUCUGGAAACUGGAGUAUUUGGCAGUGGAUUCCCUCUUGAAUCUUCAUCUCCAAAAUCUAGUACUUUAGAUCAGUAUGCGACUUCUGGUUGGAACUUAAACAACUUACCGCGCCUGCCGUGUUCUGUAUUGUGCUUUGAGGAGAACAAUAUCUCAGGAGUUCUAGUCCCAUGGCUGUAUAUUGGAAUGUGCUUCUCAUCAUUUUGUUGGCAUGUUGAGGACCACCAUCUUUAUUCUCUGAAUUAUAUGCAUUGGGGUGAACCGAAGAUUUGGUAUGGAGUGCCAGGAAGUCAUGCUGCAGCCCUGGAGGAUGCAAUGAGAAAGCAUUUGCCAGAUCUGUUUGAGGAACAACCUGAUUUGCUUCACGAACUAGUGACUCAGUUGUCUCCUUCAGUUUUGAAGUCAGAGGGUGUACCAGUGUACCGCGCUGUUCAGAACGCAGGGGAGUUUGUGCUCACGUUCCCAAGAGCCUAUCAUUCUGGAUUUAACUGUGGGUUCAACUGCGCAGAGGCUGUUAAUCUAGGCCCUGUUGAUUGGUUAGAGCAUGGACUAACUGCUGUGGAGCUCUACAGUAAGCAAUGUCGUAAAACCUCGCUUUCACAUGAUAAGUUGCUUAUAGGAGCAGCUAGUGAAGCCAUCCGAGCACUGUGGGAGCUCUCAGCUGUUGAGAAUAUUAACAGUAUAAACUUGAGAUGGAGAAGUUUCUGUGGGAAGGACGGCAUGCUUACUAAAGCUAUAAAGGGAAGAAUUGAAAUGGAGGAGGAAAGACUGAAGCGUCUUUUACCGCUUGUACAACUUCAGACAAUGGACAAAGAUUUUGGCUUGAAAGAUGAGCAGGAAUGCUUUUCCUGCUUUUACGACCUGCAUCUGUCCGCAGUUAAAUGCCAAUGUUCCCCGGGACAGUUUUCAUGCCUUAAACACUCCAAUCUAAUGUGCUCCUGCGAACCAGAGAACAAGACUGUUCUCGUCCGUUACAACAGGGAUGAACUGAACACACUGGUACAAGCAUUGGAGGGGAAAUUGGAUGCCAUUGAACAAUGGACUUCCAAGGAUCCUGAUAAUUUUUCUUUAAAUAGGAGGCAGCAUAACUCUGUGAAGCAGGAUUCAGAGAGGGAUGGAUUUGAAACGGAUCCCUCGAUGAAAAAUGAUAGCUUAUCAGGUUUGUUGAGAGAACAAACUCAUAAUCCAAAGAAGCAGUGCAGCUCAUGCUCUGAUGAUGCAACCACCUCGUAUGCUUCGAAUCACAGUAGUGGCAAGAAGUUAUUUGGGGUUGAUCUUUCCAGGGGUUCUCCUAGUGUUCAACAAAACGGAACAUUUGACUCAGAAAUAGAUCCCCUGAGCACCAAGGUUUCAGAACGAACGCUUUUGUACCAUGUUGACCCUCUAAAGUUAGGGUCAAUCGCCUCAGGAAAGCUUUGGUGCAGUAAGCAGGCAAUAUUCCCCAUAGGAUUUAGAAGUCGUGUUAAGUUCUUCGAUGCCAGCAGUCCUGAGAUAACUAGUAGCUAUAUAUGCGAGAUCCUGAAUGGUGGGCUCAUUGGACCUCUAUUCAAGGUUAGCUUAGAAGAGUGUCCAGAUACGAACUUAGUGAGUUCAUCAGCGCAGAAAUGCUGGGAAAUGAUCUCGCAUAGAGUCUUUGAAGAACUAGCAACGAAGUUAAAUCCAGGAAGGCAAGAUUUGCCACCAUUGCAACCUGACACAGAAUGCAUCAACGGUCUCGGAAUGUUUGGGUUACUCUCCCCACCGAUAGUUCAGUCCAUUGAAGCUCUUGAUACAAACUAUCAAUGUCUGGAGUACUGGAAAAACAAGCUAAAACUCAAGGACGAGUGUGUAACUGUCAAAGGGCCUUCAGGUUCAUCGGAGAGUACUGUUGACAUGGCAAGAUCUGCUGUGAUGGAAAGAGGUCAGUGUUCGGGAACCAAGGUGGCUACUGAGGAGGAACAUGCUAACUAUAGUUCAUCUAACACCGAGUUACAAUUAGUACUUAGGAGGCUUCUGAAUAAAGCAGAUCCAGAAGAACUGAGAAUAAUGCACAAGAUCUUGUGCAGUGGAUCGACGAGCCCUGAGUGGAGAAUAGCAUUUGCAACAUUGAGUCAAGAGAUCCUGAGGAAAGUGUAAGUUUUUGGGAUCUCUCAUUCUUUGGUCUUAGUUAGGCUGUCUUCAUCAGCUUAAUUCUUUUGAAAAUAUUAACAUAAGGAGGAGGGAGGGGGAAGGGUUGAGCGCCGCGUAGGAGAUGUUAGUUACGCGGUUGCUCAUGAUAUAUAGAAGUAAAAGUUUUUUGCUUUUGAAUAGGCUGCAAAAGAACAAAUGAAUAUUACUUUCUUUUGAUAUAACUAGAAAAAAAAAAGUUUUUUAAGUUUUA